UUAAAUUUAAAUUACCUCACGAAAAAAUAGCUCUCGCUCAAUUUAAAGCAAGAAAACAUCCUUAGGGUCCGUAGGAUACUCUAGUAUUUUGGAGAAUGAAUUUUACAGCUAGCCAGAAGAAACAGCUCGUUCCCGUAGUUUUAUUUUUAGCAAAUCUCUUUUACUUGUAUAUCGGCGGCUGCAUUUUCAGGGCCAUUGAGGAGCACCCUGUGAUACAACCAAAAACUUCACAUGAAGUAGAGGAGCUACUGGAACUUCUAAAAGAAAGUAACGCAGGAAAGCUACUUCCGGGUGAUUUCAACAGCAAGGAGAUCGUGUCUAGACUUAGCGACGAUGAACUGGGGAAAAUAGACGGCAAUUUAGCAGCGAUCAACCACGAGAGAAGUCUUGCCUCAAAACCCAAAUGGAGCUUCUCCAAUGCUAUGUUUUUUGCUACAACUAUAGUGACUACGAUAGGUUAUGGCAAUCUCGCACCAGUCACCACGGGCGGGCGAAUGUUCUGCAUCAUCUAUGCCCUCAUAGGGAUACCGCUGACCUUGAUGUUGCUCGCUGUCGUCAGUACUGUAAUCGUGCAGAAACUUAACGACGCAUGCGCAUAUGUGGUUGGGUACAUUCGCAAGAAUUUCUACAAGGGCUACGAGUUUGAGGCUGCUAGCGGCGAGAUCAAUGCCCCGGUCUGGCUAGCCCUCCCGAUCAUUUUUGUGUUCCUCACCUUAAUGUCAUCCGUGUACUGCGCGCUGGAAGGCUGGGACUUCGGGACGUCACUUUAUUUCAUCUUUAUCACGUUCACAACAAUAGGCUUCGGUGAUGUGGUUCCCAAGAGCCGAGCGCUGACUCUAAUAUUUCAGGGAAUCUGGAUCAACACAACAUUGCUCUACGUUGGGUUGUCUGUGGUUUCCAUAACCAUCAACCUAUGCGCCACGGGCGUCGCCAGGCAGAUGCAGAAGACCGGCAAAUACAUCAAGAUCUUGCAGUUUUUCUCAGUUGAUGACGACGAUACGCCUGAGCACGACGGAGCGUCCGCUGGUCAUGGCACAGAGGGCACGGAGAGGGGGAACGAUAGCGACCGUUUUGAAAUGCAGACAUUGGAAGACGAGGAAGAGAAUUCGCGAACGAGGGUAAUGCUAGCUGGCGACGACGAGACAGGCACGAAACUCAACAUCACGAGGGAUUCUACCGGCAGAUGUUAUGGCUCGGUGCAGGAAUAAAAUAGAUGAUUUAAACAGGGAAUAGUAUCUACUGUAUAGGACUCUUAUUUAUUUGCUGGGCCCUAAUUACGUUAAAAGUUAUAACUAUUACGGGGAUUAGUAGUUUUUAGAAGACAACUGGACCGAGUAUCUCACAUUCUAGAAGACAAUUCGACGAGUAUCUGAAAACAAAGAGCAUUGGAAAAAACUCGCUUACCUAUGAAGAAAUAAAGCGAAAAUAUAGAACUA